CAAUCUAUAGAGACGAUGGCAAGCAAAGCUCUUAUCCUUCUGUUGGCAGUACUCUUCUGCGGCCAGGCCGUGUUCGGUGUGACCAUCAUAUCGAAGUCGGAAUGGGGUGGUCGUUCGGCCACUAGCAAAUCCACUUUGGCCAGCUCCCUGAGCUACGCUGUGAUCCAUCACACAGCUGGCAACUACUGCACCACUCGUGCUGCCUGCCAGACCCAAUUGCAGAACAUCCAGGCCUAUCACAUGGACAGCUUGGGCUGGGCUGAUAUUGGUUAUAACUUCUUGAUUGGCGGCGACGGCAAUGUCUAUGAGGGACGUGGCUGGAAUGUGAUGGGUGCUCAUGCCACCAACUGGAACUCCAAGUCCAUUGGCAUCUCCUUCUUGGGUAACUACAACACCGACAAGAUUACCUCCGCCCAGAUCACUGCUGCCAAGGGAUUGCUCGCUGAUGCCGUUUCUCGUGGCCAGAUUGUCUCUGGAUAUACUCUGUAUGGACAUCGUCAGGUUGGUUCCACUGAAUGCCCCGGCACCAACAUCUGGAACGAAAUCCAAACCUGGUCCAACUGGAAGGCUUAAGUUUCUUCGACAACAAUACGCUGCAAAAGAAAAAAAAGAAUAAUAAAAAUAUAAUAUGCACACAAAAGCAAAAA